AGUUUGAGUGAACGACAACGGCAUGUGGUGAUUUUUGUUAAAAUAUCAAUAAAAUUGGCAUUCAUUUGCAUAUGUUUACAAAAUAUGUCUGGAUAUUUAGAAGUGAAAUAUCCAUUUAAAUCAAAUCUUGGCCUAAAUCCUUUCAAGACUUGGAAAAGACAAUGGUGUAUACUGCGGCCCAGUCCCACGUGUGCAGGAGGAGGAUCGCUAGCAGUAUACUGCAGCGAAGCUGGCGCACCAGCAGGAACGGUGGAGCUCCCUUCGGGGUGCGUGGUCCGCAGGGCGAAGUCUCGUACGAGGCCAUAUGCUUUCGCAGUGUUUUCUGAUUGUGAACCUCGUAAGCCACGAAUACUGCUUGCUGCACAGACAUUAAACGAUGCGCAGUUAUGGAUGGAGAAAAUAAAAAAUGUUCUAGACAGUACAUUGCUUGGCACCGAGACAUUGCUCAAAGAUUCCUACUCGGUAACAAUAGUGGCUACCGGGCUAUCACGCAAAUGUGGCUUACAUGGUGACAGCAUACUGACAGUGUCCUCAAAUGGUCUCCUAGUGUCUCGAUCUCAGAAACUCAGCACAGUUUUAGAAUGGAAACAUAUCAGUGAUGUCAUACUGAUCAAUGAGAACUCGGAAAAGAACAAAACAUGUGUUCUCACUGUGGAUAGAUAUUCAGUAGAAAUACUAACACCGAAUGUGAUCGUAGUUAUUUUGGGCUUAGUGAACGUUCAACAGUUAGAAAAGGGUCAAGGCUUAGUGCAUCUGAAUCACCCAGGAACGGUUGAAUCACCGAUUUUCAGCCAUCACCCAGUCAAGGUGACCGGGGCAGAAAUUAACAAACAAUUAAACCAAAUAUACAAGUGCAAUAUUAUUAUAUAUAUGUCACCAUUGAUGCGUGAGAAAGAUAUUGCAAUAAUAAUAUUGGGUUUUAGCAGUUCCCCUAGUGGUUGCGGCGAGUUGAAGUUCUCCGGCCCUUUGGCCAGCGAUCUGACUGUAGCCCUGAAACGAGCCAUCGGACAGCACUCGCGCUCCACCAAGAAGCUGAGCAAAAGCGAGGGCGACCUGCGGACUACACAGAACAGUGACGGUGAAUUACGUCGCAGCAGCUGGUAUAGCGGCCCCUCCGAGGUCUCACUGGAUGAUAUUGAUUUGAUCAUGUCAAAGGUAUUUAUUAUUCGUAUUAUCUAUGGAUUAAAACCAUUUUUUAACACUUCAAAAUAUCAUUAUUAUCUCCUUUAUCCUUUUUAUGCCCCUACUGCUGGAGCUCAGCCCUUUUCCAUAGAUGGAAUCGAACCAAAUUGUAUAUGGAGAAUGGGCCAUGACUCACCACGCGGAUUCAGUGCGGGUUGAAUUGAAAAAUAACUUGUAUAAACAUAUAUUGUAAAAUAAAAAUGUGUAUUUGUACAAAUACUAUACUAUAGCUCGAAGUUGUAGUUGUUCCUGCGUUAACUCGGGUAUUUGUAGAUGUUGAGCAA